AAGCGAUUUGUGUGUUUUUUCUUGAAGAUGGCGCUUAAAUUUGAGGUGCUAGGAAAAUUUAACCGAGCUCGUGCAGCACGAUUAACACUCCCUCACUUUAUUUGUCAAACACCACUUUUUAUGCCUGUUGGAACUCAAGGUACAAUAAAGGGUUUGACUAAUAACCAGCUGGAGGAAAUUGGCUGCCAAAUCAUACUUGGAAAUACCUAUCACCUUGCUCUUCGUCCUGGUGCUGAGUUGAUCGAUGACUUGGGCGGUCUUCACAAAUUCAUGAACUGGAAAAGAGCACUUCUUACUGACUCGGGUGGUUUUCAAAUGGUUUCCUUGUUGCAUUUGGCUGACAUUACUGAGCAGGGCGUGACAUUUCAGUCUCCUGUUGACGGAAAGCCUAUGCUUCUAACACCUGAAGAGUCGAUACAAAUACAAAAUAAGAUUGGAGCUGAUAUUAUCAUGGCACUAGAUGAUGUUGUGAAGACAACCAUUACUGGUCCGCGCAUUGAAGAAGCUAUGUACCGUACCCUUCGUUGGAUAGAUAGAUGUAUAGCUGCUCAUAAGAGACCUGAUGCACAGAACUUAUUUGGAAUUGUUCAAGGAGGAUUAGAUCCAGUUCUGAGAGAUAUAUGUGUCAGAGGUUUGGUGGAUCGCAAUUUACCAGGCUAUGCUAUUGGUGGUCUUGCAGGCGGUGAAGAUAAAGAUUCUUUUUGGCGUGUUGUUGCACAGUGCACUGCUGCAUUACCAGAAGAUAAACCCCGAUAUGUGAUGGGUGUUGGCUAUCCACUUGAUAUUGUAGUUUGCAGUGCUUUAGGUGCAGACAUGUAUGACUGUGUUUAUCCUACACGAACUGCUCGUUUUGGCACAGCUCUUGUUCCUGAGGGCGUCUUGAGGUUGAAAAACCAAGCCAUGGCCAACGAUGAACGACCUAUUGAUUCAACAUGUACAUGCAUGGUCUGUAGAAAUUAUACACGAGCUUACUUACAUUGUCUUGUCACAAAAGAUGCAAUGGGCUCCCAGCUAGUGUCCUAUCAUAAUUUGUCAUAUAUGAUGAGGCUUAGUAAGGAUCUUCACACAUCAUUAGUGGAGGGCCAAUUUCCAGAGUUUGUACGAGGUUUUUUACGUGCACAGUUUCCGAAAGGUAAUGUCCCAGAGUGGGUAUGCAAUGCAAUGGAGGUUGCAGGUGUUGACAUCUCUACCUGCUGUGCUCCCAUAACUUCAUGACAUGAUUAGCCAAAAGUAUAAUACAAGGCCCGACUGAUGAGAUUAGUUUCUUACACAGAUUAGACAUUCAUUAAUCUCCAUUAUUUCUCUCACACCAAGAUUCUUUAGGCUGCAGCAUCAGUUUUGUAUAAGUAUGCUGCUCGAGUAGGAAAACAAAAGCACAACCAGGAAGUUGUGUGCAUAUUGUUGCAGGGGCCAUCGAUAGCCCAACGCUUGGCAUCGUUGCUAAGUCAAAAUCAACUUUAUAUUGUAACACCUGUGAGAAAUUAAUCUAUGGUUUUGUUGG